AUGAUUGUUGAACACGCAAUUGAUUAUAUCGAUUAUUUAAUGAAUUAUGUAGAUUUUACAGAGAAAUAUUUCUUAUUAACAAUUGCAUGCGUUGUAUUCAACCCAACAUGGUGGAAUAUUACAGCAAGAAUGGAAUAUAAAACUAAAUUUAUGACAAAGAUUUGUGGAAGUAAAGAAAAUGGUUGUUAUUUAUUAGCAUUCUUAAUUUUUUCAUUAGGUAUAUUGCGUGAUUGGUUAUUUUCAGAAGCAUUAAUUAGACAACCAAUUUUCCAAGAAUUUGAUAGAUUUGAAGUUGAAGUUUUAUCAUAUAUUUUAUAUGGUUUUGGUGGUAUUUUAGUAUUAGCAGCAUAUUUGAAAUUAGGAAUUACUGGUACAUAUUUAGGUGAUUAUUUUGGUAUUUUAAUGAAAGAAAGAGUUACUGGUUUCCCAUUCAAUGUUAUGAAUAAUCCAAUGUACAAUGGAUCUGUAAUGUUAUUUAUUGCACAUGCUCUCUCUUAUAAAAGUGUUGCUGGUUUAGUUUUAUCUUUUGUUGUCUAUGUAGUUUAUAAAUUUGCUUUAAUCUUUGAAGAAUCUUUUACGAAUUAUAUUUAUUCAACUGCUGCUGCUAAUGCUGCUAAAAAAAAUAAAUCAAAAUCAAAAUAA